UUACCUCAAACAGCAAGAUAUUUAAAAGUACCUUUAAUAGGUUUAAAUGCAAUUUUAUGGUUGCUAGGUUUAGUUUUAGUUAUUAUAGGUGGUGUAGGUGUAACAUUCUUUUCAAAUUUUAAAAACUUUGUCGAAGCAACAGAUGCCACAUCAGAAUUAAAGAAUUUAUCAGUUAGUUUACCAGCAGGUGUUUUAUCAAUUGGUGUUUUUUUUAUUAUUUUAACAAUUAUUGGAUGUGCUGCAGCAUACAAAGAGCGUUUAGUAAUGUUAGUUUUCUAUUCAGUAUUGAUGUUGGUUUUAUUAGUAGUUUUAAUUGGUAUUGGAAGUGAAGCUGUUACCUAUCAUAACGAUAAUAUUGGAGAAAUUGUUGGCGAAAACUGGCUUCAUGUUUCAAAAUCAAAUGAAUCAAAACAAAUCACUACAUUGGAAACAUUUUUAGAGUGUUGCGGUUGGAACUCUGUUGAUCCAUAUACUUAUCUUUGCGAGAAUGCCACUGCAGGUGUACCAAAAUACAAGGGUAUCUAUUGCGAAGAUGUUUUAACAGAAGCCAUCUCUUCAAAACUUUAUUUGGUUGGUGUAACAGGUGUUAUUAUUGGUGUAAUAGAAUUUAUUGCAAUGUUAUUCGCUUUGUUUAUGAUAAUUCGUAUUUGCAGAACA